UGUUCCUUCCUCUUUUUAAAAUACAUUUAUUUGACACUGGGAGUAAACCAGACUUUAAUAGACAAAGAGAGAAGUUUAUUUAAGCUGCAGAAGAGAACUCAACAGUGCAUUUGUCAUUUUGUCAAGAAGCGUUGAUCACGUUUUAAGAGUUUGUAAAUUCAGAUUUCUAGACUGAGACCGCUGGUGAAAAUGUUACACAAACUUCUCAUCUGUUUGUUCAUGUGGAGUCUGAUUGGUGUGUUUGGUUAUGAAGUGAAGUCGGUGAUGGAGGGAGAUUCUGUCACUCUUUACACUAAAACAUCUAUACACAGUGAUUAUAUGAUACAGUGGUAUUUUGAUCCUCCGUUUACUCGCAUAGUUAAAAUCAAUAAAGCAGUCGAUUAUAUCCCAACAUAUGAUGAUGUUCUUGAUGGGAGAUUCAAAGGCAGACUGAAGCUGAAUGAUCGGACUGGAGAUCUCACCAUCACAAACAUCAGAAUUGAAGACUCUGGAGAAUAUACUGUUGUAAUCAGUGACAUGUUCAUGCCUUUAUACAGGCUUAAUGUCUAUGCUCAUCUGCCCGUUCCUGUCAUCACUAGAGACUCUUGUUCAUGCUCAAAAUGUGUGUUGUUGUGUUCAGUGAUUAAUGUGACAGAUGUGAGAGAUGUGAGUCUGUCCUGGUACAAAGGAAACAGUUUAUUGUCCAACAUCAGUCUGUCUGAUCUCAACAUCAGCAGCAUCUCUCUACCUCUGGAGGUUGAAUAUCAGGAUACAAACACAUACAGCUGUGUGGUGAACAAUCCCAUCAUAAACCAAACUCAACAUCUCAACAUCACUCAUCUCUGUCAGACGUGUUCAGAUUGUGUCAGCUGUUGUGGUACAACUGAAGCUGUGAUCCGAUUGGUCUUCUCUGCUCUGGUGGGCGUGGCUGCUGUAGCUGUUCUGAUUUAUGACAUCAGAUUGAAUAGAGAUGAACAGAAAAGAAGAUCAAAGACAUCAGCAUCAGAUUAACAUUUAUCAAUCAUAUUUGAGUGGCUCAUAUCCAGUACAAAAACAUAGCCACUAAGUUAAGUAAACUAAUCUGACAAAUUUGCAUUUAGUUAGGUUUCGCUUUCAAAUUAGACUAAUCAACGUUUUUUAUAACUGACUUUAUAUAACCAAUCUUAAAGACAAAAAUUAAAUGACUAACUUUUCAAGACUAGUCUCUAAGCAGUAUAUGCAACCGGCCACAGGUGUUUAGAUUAAAAAUGUAACUAAAUCAUUUUGCUUUUUAUAAUUAUUGUGUUUUUAUCUUUGCUUUUCUAGUUGCUUGCAAAUAAACACAAUAAAAAUA